CUAGAUAUGAGGAUGAUGUCCCGACAGAUCUUCGUGGCUCAGAAGUCAGUCAGUCACCCCGCUCAAACGUCAGGUCUAUCUCGGUGACGCGACAAGGCCAGCAGAAUGACGCGAGAUACUAGGGCCAGUGGGGACGGAGCGACGCGCGUGGGCUCUCAGAGCUCUCCGAAGGAGUUGGAGGACGGUGAAACCAAAGCUCCUGUUGCUAGUUCGUCCACGAACAAGCCGAAGCCCCGGUCGCUGUGGGUCGCAUGGCUGUAUCUCUUUGAUUGGUAUCCCAGCCAUUACUCGAAAGAAGAGAGGAGGCUGCUUCGAAAGUUGGAUUAUGUGCUUUUACCGCUGUGCUGUUUGGCUUAUUUUAUCAAAUGGCUGGACCAGGUCAACAUCAACAAUGCCUAUUCGUCGGGGAUGAAGGAGGAUCUGGAACUCAAUGGCAACCAAUACUCCCUCUUCGGCACAUUCUACAACAUCGGAUACCUACUCUUCGAAAUCCCCUCGAUGAUGAUCAUCUCCCGUCCGAAAUUCGCUAGAUUCUUCCUCCCUGCGACGGAAGUGUCCUGGUCGGUCCUGACUUUUAUCCAAUGCCGUCUCCGCAACGAGCACGACAUCUAUGGCCUCCGUUUCCUGCUCGGUGUGCUCGAAACCCCAGUCUCCUCGGGAACAAUGUACAUCCUCUCCUCCUGGUACCGUGGCGACGAGAUGUUCAAGCGCGCCGGCGUCUGGUAUGUCUCGAGUAAUUUAGGCUCCUUCAUGGGCGGUUACCUUCAGGCCGCGGCACAUGAGAGACUCGACGGUGUCCACGGCAUGGCAGGCUGGCGAUGGCUGUUCAUCAUCGAUGGAUGCAUCAGUCUUCCUAUCGCGCUGGGCAGCUUCUUCUUUUUCCCUGGCCUGCCGUCCAGUCCGAAGGUCUGGUGGCUGACAGAUGCGGAUCAUAAAUUGUGCGUGGCGCGGAUGCGUGAAGAAGGUGUCAAGGAUAGUCGGAAGAUCGGGAAACGGAUGCUCAAGCGGGUCUUUACCCAUUGGCAUUUCUAUGUUGCUGUUUUCACGUAUAUCUUCUUCCAAUGCACCUCCUACGUCGCCGGCCAGAUGAUCUUGUGGCUGAAAGACAGCGCGGACAAGUACGGCACUUGGACCGUCUCUGAGAUCAACAUGAUUCCGACCGGCGUGCAAUGCGUCUCCAUCGUUGUGGGUAUUCUGGCCACUUCGCUGGUUAUGGUGUAUCCGUUCUGGGCGGUGAUGUCGGUGGUGGCUGCCGUCUUGCUGUUCGCUAAUAUUUGUCUGCUGGUGUGGGAUAUUCCUAUCGGUCUUCAUUUCACGGCGUACUAUCUCCUUGGCUUCACAUCCUGCGUCACACCAAUACUAUUUCCAUGGGUAAACAUGGUCAUGAAAGAUGAUUCGGAGGCUCGAGCCUUCACCUCUGGCGCGAUGAUGACUUGCGGAUGGAUCUUCUUCAGCUUCUACCCGAUCACCGUCUUUCCUGUCGUCGAAGCUCUCGUCAUAGCCCCUAAAUGGCGAAAAGGAUUCAUCGUCAACACCGUCUUCGUGGUCAUGUGGUGGAGUAUCUUCAUGCUGGGACAGUAUCUCUGGCGACGAGACGUCAAGUUGGGAAGGACGUACAUGGCUCGUGAUGGGGAUGAGAAGAUCGAAGGAAAGGAGGAUACAGAUAUGAAGGAGGGGGUGGAGCAUAUUGAGCUGUCGGAUGAUAAAGGAAAGAGGGAGAAUGUUUGA